CGCCAACGACACUGGUACUUCUUGUAAGUACUACUAAAACCUAUCAGUACGAAAAAUCAAAUAGCUCCUAUCCAAAUAAAUGAAAAAUACACAUGUACAAGCCUUUGAUGCAUUCGAUGCGCUAAUGAUUGAAAUAGUCAAAUAUUCGAAUUCCGUUCCAAGUGAUGAUUCGGAUAUUCGUUUUCUUGAAUCCCUUGGUGUAAACGUAAGCGAAAAGUUAAUCGAAAAAGCUACAAAAGAUCAUGCCAGGUUUACUAACGAGUUAGAUAUUGUUAAAUAUGUAUGCACAGAAUUUUGGUCAUCCGUAUACCACAAACAAGUUGAUACACUGAAAACCAAUUACCAAGACGUUUACGUUCUCACUGUUAAUGAUUUUCAGCCUUUAUUGAAAUUCGAAAGUAUCCCAGAAAAUAUAUCAGAAAUCCCAAAGCAUCUGGCGUUCCCUUCAGGACUUUUAAAAGGAGCUUUAUGUAGUCUAGGAUUGAAUUGUGUUGUAGCAGCAGAUUGUGAACAACUCCCUACAUUAACAGAGACGUAUCACCAAUUGUAACCAUUUACCGAAACAUAAAAUAUCUGAACAUAUUGAGUGAUGACUGGCAAAUCCAAUGGUCGAUCGUGUGCAUUAUCGGAUGCAGAAAAACCAACAGCCAAAAUUUAAUAAGUAGGAAUCCGUCGAGCUACUUUAUUAUAAAAUGAUUAAAUGUAUAUCUUAGUCUCUAGGCGCUUAGUGGGUUGAAUUUUUCUAAAAUUUGCUUCUAUCUAGAUUUAAUAAAUAGUGGGUGACUCAAAGGUGUUCAAAAUAACUGAAAAACAGCGAACACCAGUUUUACUUCUCUUUCAAUAUGUUACUGUCAUCAGACGUUUCUAAAUUGACUGUGUACAGAAAAGAUACAUGAUCAACUCCUUUAUAUUGUAAAUAUAAUUAUAAUCAGAUGACUUUAUCACUUAGUCUUAUUUAUAAUUAUUCACCAAUGUUCAUAUAUCGAAAUGACUUUGGUCCUAAUUUUAUCGAUUAAUAUGUGGUCAUUCAUUUUUAUUAUUAUUGGUAAUUGUGACCGCUUUUUUGUAUAACUGGUUUCUUAGCAAUUUGUAAUACAAUGUUUAUUAUCGUAUUGUAUCUC